CUCCCCAAUUGGGCGACGGGGACCCGGGGGGCGUGGCUCACCUGUGGGGUUUGGUAGCCUCUGCCCUUCUCCGCCCAGUUGCCCUCCUGGAAGCAGUGUGGAGAGAUCAGAGGAUGUAUUCGGCCAGGGAAAGCGGUGGAGCCCCGUUGUGGGCCUUGUUGGCCCUAUUGAUGAUGCUGACCGGGGCGGAGUCGGUGCCAGAACAUUGCCACUUGCCCAAAGUUGUGGGCCGAUGCCGGGCUUCCUUCCCAAGAUGGUGGUACAACGCCACCAGCCAGACGUGCCAGAGAUUCAUCUUUGGGGGCUGUAAAGGCAACGACAACAACUUUCUGUCUGAAGAAGAGUGCCAGAAGGGGUGUCCCACAGAUGGAGAUGUGGAGGUACCAGUGACCCAUGACGGACCAGCAGAAGAGAUAAUUACGUCCACCACUAAAGCAGCUACGUCCAGAUCUGGCCGCCGUCGUGAACCAGGAGACGACAGAGUUGGCUUUGAAGAGUUUUGUGCUGCGCCCAAGAAGGUUGGUAACUGCCGGGCCUCCUUCCCACGAUGGUACUUUGACACCAAGACUCGGACAUGCAAGAUGUUCAUCUACGGCGGCUGCGGAGGCAACAAGAACAACUACAUCUUUGAGGAGCAUUGCCUGAACCAGUGCACUGGGAGUGGAGAUAUCAUUGAUGAACCCCUGGGGCCAGAAUCACCGUCCCACUUCUUCCCAGGACCCUUGAUGCACUCCACCAGAGUGGUUCUGGCAAUUCUCCUGGCUGUCAUGGCUGCCAUUCUCCUGGGCUCCAUGGUGUUCUUCUUCGUCAAACUCUGCCGGAGGAACCAGGACGGCACACUGGAGAGGGUAUGGAGCACCAUGGAUGACAAGGAGGCCCUGAUGAACAACGCCUACACACUCUGAGCGCGCACUCCUUGCGAACGUGGCUGGGGCUCUGGCCGCCUGUAAAUAAUACACAAGUGGGAGGGGGGGGGGACCCUCCUCACCAUGUCUCAAUCCUCUGUAGAUCCAUCUUCAUAGGAAUACACCUGGAUCAUAAAUCUAUCCUAGGAGGGGCUCCUUCUCUCAUAGCAAUGAUGACUCCAUUCUCGUCUAUCCAAGGGCUUGUUUGGUUUUCAGUAGAGUUUCUGGUAUGUCCACAUCCAGAAGAGUACAGAAGUUGGGGGAAAUGUUGUCCUCAGGGGUUCGUCACUGUGGUUGUUUGUGGGAGGAAAGGACAAACAAUGGCUGCAGCUGUAAAGCAGGUGGGAUUGAGUAGAUAGCUGUGCCACUUCCCAACCCUUUUUGACAUUUUGCAGCACACUCUUAAGGAGAGUGUAUCUUCCCCUCCUUGAUAAGCAGAAAGAGUUCCAAAUUUUCCUCAGCACUCCUUCCCUUUCUCCUUGGCUAGUAUUUUGGUUGAACCUCUUGUGAACUUCCAUCUCCUCAGUCCAUAAGACAGGGAUCUGGAUACCACAUGGAAUUACAAACGGUAUUUGAUGGGUUUACCUCCUGUUUGCAACCAUCUCCUCUGUCUCCCUCCAACCGCUGGCUAUAUACCUCUUGGGUGUUUUCUUGGGAUCUGAAGCGGGUCUUCUCAUUCUGCGUCUCACUUGGAAAACCAAAUUGCAACCACAUGCAUUUCAGUUUUUGGAGCUCUUCUGCUACUCUCUCUCUCUUGGGUGACUGUUUGAGUUGCUGGGACAGCGGGGAACCUUUUGCUUCUUUCUCUGAAUCAGAUCUCCGUUGGCAUAGCAGGCCUCACCUGGCGUGCCUCUGUCUCAACUCCUGUGCCUGCCUUGAGCAAUGAUGCCCUUUUGCCUUCCAGGAAGAAAGAAGUUUCUGUGUGAGCAGGAUAAGACUUCUGUAGCGUUUAGUGCGUUUUUAUACUUUUUAACAAAAAUCGAAACUUGAUUGCGUUCAGUCUCUUUGGGAAUUGUUCUCUUGAUAAUUGCCUUUUUUUAAAAAAAAUAUUGGAAGGACUGUCAAUAAAACAGAAUAAAAAUGAAA